AUGAAUUCAUCAAAUAUUGUCAAUAACAGUGCACCACCUAAUCCAUCCAAAUCAAUUCAGGAUGAAAGGCUGCAAAAACAAUUCGAACCUACGAUAAUGCAUGAAUUCUUGGAAGGUUCCCGAGAGAAUUCACAACAAAUAUUAAGACUAUAUCAGCAGAUGGAAAGAGACCCAAUUUUGAGUUCUAGCUACAAGGAUUAUGAAUUAAAUAGAUUAGAGGAGAGAACAAAGUCAGCUAUGAGAAUCAAUCUGUUGAGUCGUUAUAUUGAGGGGGAUUCCCCGUCAGACUUUCAUAGAAGGUUGAAUUUGCUCGCUGUAUAUGAUCCAUCGACAGGAAUCAGAUUGAGCAUCAAUUUAGGGUUAUUUGUAAACUGUAUUAAAGGAAAUGGUACGGCUGCACAGUAUAAGUAUUGGUGUAUUGAUAAGGAAACAACAAAAAUUAAAAGUGCAUAUGGGUGUUUUGGGAUGACAGAAUUAGGUCAUGGAUCCAAUGUCGCCGGUUGUGAAACUACUGCAACUUUUGACGAAGAAAACGACGAAUUCAUCAUCAACACCCCCCAUAUCGGUGCCACCAAAUGGUGGAUUGGAGGUGCCUUACAUGUGGCCACUCAUUGUGUUGUGUAUGCUAGGUUAAUUGUCAAAGAAAAAGACUAUGGGGUUAAAACCUUUGUGGUUCCAUUGAGAGACUCUAAUCAUGAUGUGAUGCCCGGUAUUACUAUUGGUGAUAUUGGAGGUAAAAUGGGACGUGAAGGUGUGGAUAAUGGUUGGAUUCAAUUUUCAAACGUGAAGAUUCCAAGAUUUUUCAUGUUGCAAAGGUUCUGUAAAGUAUCUAGAAAUGGAGAAGUUGAGUUACCUCCCUUGCAACAAUUAGUGUAUAUUUCAUUGUUAGGCGGGAGGGUUAUGAUGGCAGUGGAUUCCUAUAGAAUUAGUGCCCGGUUUAUCACUAUUGCUAUCAGAUAUGCUAUUGGCAGAAGACAAUUCAAAAAAGAGGGUGGUAAUGAUAACGGUGAUGGUUUGGAAUCAAAAUUAUUGGACUACCCGUUGCAUCAACGUCGUUUGAUUCCAUAUUUAGCCUUAACGUAUGCUAUGGCAGUUGGGACAAAAAAAUUGGAGAAUGAUCAUGCUGCUUGUCUCAAAGAAUUUGACUAUGCUGUUAAUUCAAAUGAUAAAGUCACUUUACAGAAAGCUAUAGAAACCACAAAAUCGUUGUUCAUUGAUUCGGCAUCGUUGAAAUCUACAUGUACCUGGUUAGCUGGAGACUGUAUUACUGAAAGUAGACAAGCCUGUGGUGGUCAUGGAUAUUCAGCAUAUUCGGGAUUUGGUAAGACAUACGCAGAUUGGACUGUCCAAUGUACUUAUGAAGGUGAUAAUAGUGUUUUAGGUAUGUCUGCCGGUAAAGCAAUCAUCUCAAAUACAGCACAAGUGAUAAAAAAGAAUAAAAAGAUUACUGGUUCAAUUUCGUUCUUAUCAAAUGCAAAGAAUUACAUAAAUGACGAAUUGUUCUUAAAAUCUGAUGAUGAUCUACAAGACUUGUCCUUGGUCUUGAGGGCUCUUGAGGUGUUGAUCUGUAGGCUUGCAAGUCAAUCAAUGGAUGUUUUACAGUCAAUUGGAGACAAUAACUGGGAUCAUGUUAGUUACCAACGAGUUUUACUCUCUAAAUUAAGAUGUCAUCAUUAUUUAUUACAGACUUUUAUGUCUAGAAUUGAUACUGCUGAUGAGUCCACAAAACAAAUUUUGAAGGACGUAGCAAAGACAUAUGCAUACACUAGUAUAUUGGAGAGUUUUUCGGCCGAGUUUUUGUCUUUAAAUGUAACUUCACCUAAAUUCAUGAACCAUUUGAAGUCUAAUGUUAUCCCAAUAUAUCUUAAAAAACUAAGAAGCCAAGCUGUCGCAUUGACGGACUCGUUCCAACAGCCAGAUAUGGUUCUUAAUUCUCCGAUCGGUAACUACAACGGUGAUAUCUAUGAGAACUAUUUCAAGGUAGUCAAGAACGCCAACCCACCAAUAAACACUAAGGCUCCUUAUUCUGGAGCCAUUGAAGCAAUGUUGAACAGGCCUAGUAAAGAGGAAAGAGAAAGGUACGAAAAAUCGGCCGAGGCCGCAAAAAUCUUGUCCAAUUGA